AACCUCCCCUCGCCCCCAGCUCUGCCCGCGGGCAGGGGGAGCGCUGCCAGAGCUGGGACACGGCCCUAGCCCGGCCCCACGGCAGGGAGGAGCGCUGGCAGGGUCUGGGGGCGAUGUCCCGGCUCGGGAGCUGUGGGGCGGGGGUCAGAGCCCGUGCCCGGUGGGCCAGCUCGACGUCCCGGCUCAUCACCGUCUCUGACACGGCGCCUUUGUUCGGCGCGGUCCCUCCUCCCCGCCAUGUGCUGAGUUAGGGGUUUCAGUAAUGCUCCCCUGGGCUCUGUCUCUAUCUGGARGCUAUAAAAACCCAGCCGGAGGCUGCCGGACAUGUCACCUCCCUGGGCACCAGUGCCUCACCCCAGAGCCACCAUGACCCACCGCUGCAAGAAAUCCUCCGGUCUCUGGAAGAUCGUGGUGUGGGAUGAGCCUUUCUUCCAGGGCAAGAAGCACGAGUUCACCACCGACUGCUACAGCACCCCGGAGCACGGCUUCAGCACCGUCCGCUCCUGCAAGAUCGAGAGCGGGGCGUGGGCAGGCUUCGAGCACUGCGGCUUCCAGGGGCAGCAGUUCGUGCUGGAACGCGGCGAGUACCCGUGCUGGGAGGCGUGGAGCGGCAGCAACGCCUACCACGUGGAGAGGAUGUGYUCCUUCCGCCCCAUCGCCUGCGCCGACCACGGGCGGAGCAGGCUGAUGCUCUUCGAGCAGGAGAACUUCCAGGGCAAGCGGGCAGAGAUGAGCGAYGACUGCCCCUCGCUGCCCGCCCUGGGCUGGGGCAGCAGCACCGUGGGCUCCUUCCUCGUCCGCUCCGGAGCGUGGGUGUGCUCGCAGUACCCGGGGUACCGGGGCUUCCAGUACCUGCUGGAGAGCGACAGCCCCGCGGGCGAGUACAAGCACGUGCGGGAGUGGGGGUCCCACGCGCAGACGGGACAAGUCCAGUCCAUCCGCAGGGUCCAGCAGUGACYGCGGGGCCGGAGCCCCCGCGCCGCCGGACACACGCCCCGGGMGCSGUCU